AUGUCUUUGAAGGCCAUUUCCUCCAAAGAUGCCGCAUCCCUCGACAAGGACCUCAUGGAGAUCGGCGGAUGGUCUCUGGAUCAAUUGAUGGAACUAGCUGGCCUGUCUGUCUCACAAGCGGUUUACCGCGUACACCCGCCUAGCUCUGGAAAGAAUGUCCUUGUUGUCUGUGGACCAGGAAAUAACGGCGGCGACGGCCUCGUCGCAGCCCGCCAUCUAGCUCAAUACGGCUACACGCCAUCAAUCUAUUACCCCAAACAAGGCAAAAACGAGCUCUACCAGCGCCUCAAAACCCAACUCCAGAACCUCUCCGUCCCCUUCAUCGACGACCUCCCCGUAGCCAUCAAAUCCGCCGACUUCCUCGUUGACGCGAUCUUCGGGUUCUCAUUCGGCGGUCCCCUCCGCGAACCCUUCCCCACCGUGAUCUCGCAGAUCGAGUCGUCCACGAUCCCCGUGCUGAGCGUCGACGCGCCCAGCUCAUGGGACAUUGAGAGCGGACCGCCGAAGGAAGGGCCCGGGGCGAAGUUCAUGCCAGAGGCGCUGAUAAGUUUGACGGCGCCGAAGCCGUGCGUGAAGUAUUAUCGUGGGAGACACUUUCUGGGAGGCAGAUUCUUGACGAAGAGUAUUACGGAUAAGUAUGGGUUGGAUUUGCCGGUUUAUCCGGGAAUCGAGCAGAUUGUGGAGGUGGGGGUUAGCGGGGAGGGGAGGCUUUAA